AUGACAGGAACAGAAGUACAUUUUUUUGAGAACAAACCGGUCGCAGUAGUUAGUUUGGAAGAAGUGAUUGAAUUUCACAAUCGAGCAAUUAAUCAGGAAACAGAGGUCAUAUGCUCAUUUGAAAAAAUGUGGGAUGAUGUUCCCAAAAAUAUUCCUUUAUAUUGUCCAGACCCAGAAGGAAAUGUCUACCUACAUCAAUUAUUAAAAGGCACCUUUUUAGUGUGGAGACGCGAUCAGGUUAUAGAAGCUGGCAAUUAUCAGAGAACCAUUGAUAGCUUCAAAUCAGUUUCUCCAUCUGUCCCUGAUGAGGAACAAUCGACGCUUGUGGAAAGCGUUGGCACCGAAAAUCCUGAGGAGGAUACUUUGACUGCUUCUUCCGCCGACGCAGCGAGUAUGGAGUAUAAAUGUCUACAAAACACCACACUUGCUACAGCAGAUUUGGACAUCAUAUUUGAUAAUCGAAAAAACUCGAACCUGUACAAGUUUUUUUAUGUUGAACUGGAGGACAAAUUCAGGGUUUGUCAAUUUUACAAUAAAUCAAACAACACGAUCCGCUACGAGUUAAUAACUUUUGAAGAUAAGAAAAGACAACAGAAAUAUCCUUCAAGAACUUCUCAAUAUCAUAUAACUGGAAAACAUAGUACUCAUGUUAAAGAUGUUUCUGAGGUUUUUUUGCACUUGUGUCCAUCACGACCAAACGUUGAACGUCUGAGAAAAAAACUGAAUUUGCAAGGGAACAAAAAGAAAAGUCCAGGCAAACUUUGGAUAGUUCUAUUGAAAGGGCUGUCCAAAAGAAGGUCAAAAGCUGUGCUAAACCUGAAGACGUGUUCGACGAAUUUGUCUGUGGUGUUAGGACUGAGCUAUUCCGUUUUUGACUCUAGAUUCAUUAGGCUCAUUGUGGAAAGGCGCUUGCCAGAAUGUAAGAAUUUGUUUAGUAGAAAAAAGGUUUCGAACCAUAUCAGUGCAUCUGGCGCGAUGGUGAGAGAGCAGCUCCGUGAGCUCUUUGAUACCCAUAACAAAUACCUGGUACCUAAGCGUGUGCAAACAAAUGGUCUGCUGAGUGCAAACAUUUCUGAUAUUAUUUAUCAACGUUUUAACGUUUUGAAGAAAGUCAGAUUGCCUUGGGUAUCUAUGGAAACCGAUGGCUGGACAUCAAACAAGGGCACCGAUUGUAUCAGUGUCACGAUCAAUCUAGUUACCGGUAAUAUGGAUAAAGCUUGCUUUCCGAUUUACUUUUCAGAAGUUGAAACAAAAGAGAAGCAGGAGCUAACAGAAACCUUGCUUUCGUUGAUAAAAAAGUUCUCUCUAUCAAAAUUGCUCACAUCCUGUUGCACGGAUAAUGCUGCUUCCGUGAUAGGAGCAACAGAUUCGUUAAAAGGAGACGAGCAAUUCCCUUUUUUCAACUCUCACAACGGUUGUGCGGUACACCAAAUUCAACUGUUUGUGAGAGCUUUAAUCGAUGAUAUUAUUGAGAACCUGCAAACAGAUACAGAAAAUACAGGUUUAGAAAAUGAUGAAGAGGAUCUCGAAUUGUUUCCUAAUAUCUGCUCAGUGGAUAUUGUCCAGCGUCUAAUGGCACUGACCAAGAAAUUGAGAAAAUGUUUCACUUUUAAGAGAAGUUUCAAGGACUGUGUGGAGACACUACCGCCGUCGUAUUGUAACACUAGGUGGAACUCGAUUUUUUAUCUAUUGGAACAUUUCUUGAAAAACGUGGAAGGAUAUGAAAAGUUCAAAGCCAGCACUAGUCAUGGUGAUAAUUCUUUUUCAACUUUUGUGAAGCCGACGUUUCAACUGCUAAAAAUCCCCUAUAAAGGUUUGACACCGUACGAAUCGUUAACAAAAAUAUUAUUUUUAAACAAGCCCGCGAGUAUUUGCUUCUUUCCAUUACUGCUAUAUUGUAAAGAGAUGUCAUCGGUUUGUGCUAGUGGAUUAAGUGAGCUCUUGAGAAGACCAGUCGAACGUGAAAAGUUCAAAGCGAAGUAUAGGAAAGUACUACGACAAAACGCCUGUGAUUCUACCUACAUUCAUAUGUUAAGUGCGUUGUUUCAUCAUGAUGCUGUGAAAGUUUUUAAAAUCUCCCAAAAGCAUUGUGUUGAUGUAUAUUCUGAACUGACCAACAUUAGCAUUCAAAUAAUGAAUUUUGAGAUNNAAUUGAAAAUGGAGAUGAGAGCAGCGAGACAGAAAAUGAUGGAUCCCCCGAUGAGCGUUAUGAAAAUGAAAGAGAUCAAAGGAAUUUUCGGUGACGACGGUCGCUCUAAUAUGGCAUUAACGGCUAAGGACUUUAAAAGAAUUUUGAGGGAACACUUGCUCAAAGAGAUUAAAAANNUUUUAGGCAAUUCUGGGAGUCUGGCGCAUGAGAUGAAGGUAAAGAUUCGUAUUUUGAAGUUUUGUGAUUUCGAAGUGUUGCCCGAAAGUAACAGCGAAUUUCACACUGCUGAUGUAUUUUCUUUCAGAACAUUGCUUUCUUGGAAUAUCAUAUCACAGUACCUGAAUGAAACGAGGUCCAAGUUGAGUGAUUCGACCGUUGCGGUUUCCAACCACAGUAUUUUGCCAAGCGUUCUGGAUUACCUUCUCAGUAUCAACGUUACUUCUGUCAACAGCGAACGGGGCUUCAGCAAACUGAAAACCAUAUACAAUGAUAAACGGCAUUCUUUGAGCGAUGAAAGUGCUGGGAAUGAAUUGCUCAUAAGCAGCACGGUCAACUCAUUGAAUCUUGAACUGUCUGUUGAAGAAAUUAAAGACGUAGGGCUAAAGAAUCUUCUGGACCGCAAUUGUAAAUAA